UACCUAGGCCACUACUGUUUCUACGGGUCUACGGCACAUGGCACUUUGAGUACCCCGCCAUCACUUGUGUAUCGAGUGUAGCAAGCGAAAAGGGGAAAAAAAAAACAGCCCGCGAGAUCCGCCAAGCCACUUACCUUGCAACUGUAGAAUGCCUCAGAAUCAAAUACCGGCUGCCAUGGAUAGGCAUUUAGAUGUAUUACAUUGUCAUGCGGAUGGUGGAUUGCUGCUAGGAGCUUCCUGUCUGACUGGACGUUUCUGGUUAGGAUCACUGUGGUACUACCAGACAGCUGAGAGUGCUCCUGAUGUAGACAGAUGUACAGCUGGUGUACAACUGGAAGCUGGAGUUGGGGAUGCAAAAUGGAUUGACAACACACAUGUACUAGUGGGAUUAGACACAGGUGGCAUAGCAGUUUGGAAUUUAGAAGAUGACUUCCGCACAUUUGUUCUCUCCCAUGCUGCUGUAGGCCACGAUGGUGUGGUGACUAGCGUCUCUGUAACCUGUGAUAAAACAAAAGCAGCAUCUAGUAGCCAUGACAGAUGCAUUAAACUUUGGGAUUUGUCAAACACAGUACAAUUUUAUACUACACAAGCUCACAGUGACAUUGUUUACAGUAUUGACUGCCAUCCAAAUGAAUCUGACUUGUUUGUCUCUUGUUCUCAGGAUGGCAGAAUACUUGUUUGGGACAGACGUAAAGUGAAACCAGCCAGUAUACUUAAUAAAUCUCCACUCCAGUAUACACCAACCUGUGUGAAGUGGAGACCUGACAAUCCAUAUAAACUGGCAGUGGGUAGUGAGAGUGGCCAGAUAGUUGUACUGGACACCAGAGCGGGUGUGGACAACAGCUACCUCAACAUCGCACCACACAAACGUUUAGUGAAUAACUUACAGUUCUGCCCAAACAAACCAUCUUUACUAGCCUCAGUCAGUGAAGACUGUAAGGUAGUUGUGUGUACUACUGAGAAUGAAACCAUGAAAGUAAUAUAUUCCAACACAACUCACAGAGACUUUGUCAGAGGUCUGACCUGGUCAACAGAAUCUCAGCUGUACACAUGUGCUUGGGACUCCAGGAUACUAUUACAUGACAUCACCAAACAGACUGCCACAUUCAUGGGGGAGUCCAGCUCUUGCAAGCUGGAGGUAAAUGGUGACAUUGCUGACCACCCAGUAGAGAAUGGAUCUGGUGAUGUGGGGACUGAUGUAGACAAGAGCAAGCUUGACCAGUGCAAACUGUCUUACAGCCAGGCGGUCAAAUCUCAACCAGAGAUGAGUGCAGAGGGAUAGAAAGAAAAUUCAAAUGUUGGAUGUUUUUAUUUGUGUCAUUGGCACAUCAUUAAUUCACUUCACUUUGGUGUGACUUGUGUAAAAGUGAUUUCUAAGGCCAGCAAGAUUUUUGGAUAUGAAUGAAACAUUUUCACAAGAUGUCUUCUUAAGACUACACAGUUAAAAAUAAGUCACAGUAUUUCUUUUAUUUGAACAAAAAUUCUUUGAAAUAGCUGAGAAGUCAGUAACUUUUCCAGUUAUCUUGUAUACUUAUGAUAUGAUAACAUAAUAUAAAUAUACAUUCUGGUCUUAUAAAAUGCAAACAUAUCAAUGUCUAAUUAGUCUAAAGUGAAUUAAUGGUUUGUAUUUGAAUGCACCAAAAUAGUUUUGUACAUAAUAAAAAAAAAACUUUAUCUUCUUACAGUUAAAUUAAAAAACUGUGACUUGAAAUUUUUACUUGUGCAGUCGUUAAUUUAAUUGAAAAUGUAAUUUUUAAAAUAUGUUUGUCAAUGUUGAACUUUAUAUUGAAACCGUAAUGCUGACUUUUGAAUUGAACUAUUGUACAAUAUCAUGCGGUAUUGUGACCUCAGUAUUUAUGAACAAGAUUAUGAUACACUGUUAUGUAAAAUAUAUAGUCUUGCAUUUAGCUGAACUGGCUUUCUUAAGGGGAUGUUAUCAGUUUGUUACUUAAAUGAGAUUAAUUUAUAAGAUUCUGUUUCUUUGCCUGAUGUAAUGUCCCCAGCAUUAAGCCUUCUUUGUUACUAAAACUCUUGAUGAGGAAUCCAUGUUGGUGUGGCAGGAAUUGACACAUUCCUUCAACAUAUUGAAUGUAGGUUACAAGUCACCAAGACAUUUCUUUUUGUGUAAUUUCUUUUUUAUUGAAAUUUGAGUUAAAAACAUAUUACAGUUAUGAAAAUUGA